AUGCAUAUCGAGCGCCUCGCGCAGUAUGAACGGCUGGUCGGUAGCGGGUGUGGACGUAGAAGGGCGGCGCGCCUCUCGGACCUGGAGCGCGUGCAGGACUUGUUCCCUCACGACUUCCUCGCGCUGCACGAUGCAGAUGCACCCGCCGCGCUCGCCUCGCAUCACGCACAGAAAUCGAAGAGUGUCCGUAAAAGACCGAGCCUGGACAUUGGGGGCACAGUCAAUUCAAACAACAACUCGCUGUCACCACGAACGUUCAUUAUGGAGGCCCCUGUACAGCUGAACCCAUUAGGAUCGACAUCACCACCUCUAGAACGUCAUUUGUUCCUCUUCAGCGACUUACUGUUAGUCGGAAAAUCGCGGGGAACAAAUUGCUUUAAAUUAAAAGAGAGUGUGAGACUGGCAGAAGUAUGGCUUUCAAUGCCAGAAAGCGAUGACACCGGUUUCCUUAUAGGGUGGCCGACUGCUACUGGCGUCGCUAACUACCUCGCUACAUAUCCCACGCAAGCCGCUAGAGAUACUUGGCACAGGAAAAUUCAAAACGCUUUAAACACACAGUUGAAUACAGAGCCAAAGUCAACAAAUAUUCAAAUAUUUUACAAAGAUUUAGCGAGUUCCGUUGAAUUUUGUAAAACUGUAUCGGUGAGUCCAGACAUGAAUGCGCGCUGUGUUGUGCGUCAAGCACUGCACGUAAUGCAAAAUGGAACGCAAGACGAGAGUGGAGAUGGAGAAGGUGAAGGGGAGAAUGAGCACGAGGGGAGAUGGGGCUCGCCGAAUGACUUUACGCUUUACGUGAGAACCACUAGAGAUGCACCUCCUAUACCAUUACAAGGAAUUGAAAGACCACAUGCUGUGCAGAUGUCUCGAAUUAGACAGACACUAUCAAACGAGGACGGAUUUGACUUAGAGCACGUCAAUGCCAAAAAUAACCCAUGCGGACUGGUCUUUGAGCUGAGAAAGAAAAACCAAGUUCUGAAGAGCAUUAAUAAUACGCCAGGAAGGGGCCUCCGUCUCUUAAGACGUGGCGGUCGUUUAUUCGGCGUUGCUCUAACGCGACUCUGCAACGGAACUCCCCCUCCUGCAUUGCUUCAAGCUCUUCGCAGAUUAAGAGUCGUCGCUCCUCUUACCCAUGGCGUCUUCAGAAGAAGUGCAAACGCAAAAGCGCUUAGAUUGCUAAGAGAUAAACUGGAUACACUCGGUCCGUGGGCAGAGAGUUGUACGGAAUUGGACCGCGCGCCUGUGCUAUUGUUAGCUGCACUAGUAAAAGAAUUCUUUCGAGCUUUGCCCCAACCUUUACUUGUGUCCGAGCUUUAUCCCGCCUGGUUGCAAGUACUCAGUUUACCACAAACGGAGAAAGUUGCAGCAGUGCGGUCUCUACUAUUGAAACUCCCAAAGGCGCAUUAUAAUAUGUUGACGUAUUUCGUAUGCCUCUUACAAGCAAUCGCCAAGAAAUCCAACAUUAACCUCAUGUGCCCUAUGAACUUAGGGGUCUGUGUAGGACCAAGCUUAUUAUGGCCUAGUAUGCCUUGUGAUAAAGCUCCUAAAGCAGUGCCGAUGGUUGUGGAACUUCUCGUUUUAAAAGCGGAAGCUUUAUUUGGACCACAAAUUGUAGGUCUUCUUGGAAGCGGUAGUUCGGAAUCUUCGAAUGCCUUACUUGACUCUGGUGCGGAAGAAAGUGACAGUCUCCAUUCUGUUGGAAUAUCACUUGAUUCUAUGGAGUUGUCAACUCCACGCAAAGAGAAAUUAUCUUUAAGCAGGGAUUCGGGAUUGACGCUUUCAGAAGACGAUUCGAAUAGCAACGGGGGCAAUAGUCCGGCACCUCGUAACAUUCUACACAGUCUUUCGACUCCGACGUGUAAUCUUCAAGAAACAAAAAUGUUACGAUAUGCAAACAAUCCCAACGUCAACGGACUGCCACAAGUAGUUCAAAGAGAACAGAACAUAUACUCUAACAAAGCUGAAAUUUACAGCACCGUGAACGAGGAAUUGUACAUGAUGCCAUACAUUGGAGAACGUUAUGUUCACAACUCUAUAAAUAUUAGCAUUGCUAACGGUGUCGAUGACAGAAAUUAUGUUUCCAAAUCGGCGAUACAACGCUCAACGGCCGAUAUUUACGCACAGAGUCCAGCGAAAUAUAUAACCGGCUUAGAACCACAGAAACCACCAAGGAGUAACGUGUCGAAAGCAGCUCGGACAUCGAAAGUAUAUAGCAUGUUCGCCGAAACACAAGAAGUGGAGAAAAGCGUAUCCAACAAAAAUUUCGGCCGCGCAAAAAGCUCCGAUAAUUUACUAGAAACGAAACAAGAAGCGAUCGACGCAAAACGUGACUUAGUGUCUAGUCAGGAGAAUAUCGUUUAUAGCAACAUACACGACCUCGCCACUUUCACAGAGAAUAUACAAAGGCAAAAUCAAUAUCAAACACAAUCGGAUAUAAUAACGAAUCUCAACACAAACUACUCUCGCGUAUAUACCGGCUGGGAGAAAAAGAGUACGAACUAUAAUACAAAAACUAAUUGCGCUUCGGAAAAAAUCUACGGGCAAGUCGGCAAGCAAGGCGACUCCUCGCAAAGUAAACUGGAUGUGAAAACAACACCGGCAGCCACCAUUUUUACAAGAAAUGACUGGUCUCGUCAAGCAGCGAGGACUAAGAGCCUAGAAGUUAAUGAUGAAGGGCACAUCACUAACGCGGAUAGAGCUCGCAGUGGCAAUUACGAAAUUAAUGUCGUCAACUGUUGCCGAAAGAGGCGAUAUGAUCCCGCGCAUAUGUGCACAAAAAGCUGUACAGCGCCAUCUAUGAAUAGCAGAGAGAUUGAAAAGACUACAGUCAAUAUGACGCAGAGUUCAUAUCCCUACGUCGAUGACAUCGCCAAUAGUAACUCCGAGGAAAACAAGAAAUCAAGAAUUCGCAAUUACAACAACAAACUAAAUCAGUCCAAGUCAUUGGCGAAUAUAAUUCUGCAAAGUGACUCGAGCAGCAACGACACUCUGUACCAACCGCAGAGCUCAUACAAUAGUCGAUCAACUGAUUCGCCUGCCAGUGAGAAUUCCUGUGAAAACUAUUACACAACACAGUACGUCGAGCCAUUAUACACCUCCGUUUAUAAUCGAAGAAGGGAUAUGUUCCACGAAGAUAAAUCCACGAACAUUUUCCCAUCGGACAUAUACAAAGCUACCCCGACGUCAGUUCAACCAGAUUACGUUGGAGAAAGUGGGGAGAACAAUAAUAGUAAUAAGAAACCACCGCACGUGCCGCCUCCAGUACCGCCUAGAAAAAUGGUGUACCAGAGGGUAUUGAAGAAAUUUCAACCGGUACACGUUAAUAAAGAUGAAAAAGCGUCUCGAUCAAAGUCCGUACCACCUUUGUACAGAGAGCCGCCUAACGGCAACGUAAAGAACGUUAUUGCCCUAGAUUGUUCGGAGUCUGACACAGAAUCAGAAUCUUAUGUUUGA